UGGAAAAUGUUGCCUUAUUUAUUUAUUGUUAUCAGUGUAAUAGUUUUUACAGUGUUCAUCGUCAGGCCUCUGCAGAGCUGAAGGAUUUACUGCUGAUGAGGAAACUCAGACAUUUCAGGAUGAAGGUGUGUUUGGUUCGCUGUGAAUCGGCGCCGGAGCAGCUGAGCAGGCAAACAGCAGCUUCAGUUCCUGCAACCAAAGGGCCACUGAGGGCGUUUUAGCGGGACACUCAUUGAUCUGGAUGGAUUUUACUGUAAUGUGGUUUGUGUUAACUCUGCGGUCACAUGCCGCCUCCGUCCAGUGGCUCAGUGGAGGUGCUGCGACCUGACGGAGCAGCGAAAAGCAAAGCUGAUGAUGUGAUGAAGAUUUCUCUCAAAGCAGCUCCUUCUGCAGAGCGAAGAUGGAUGAGGACGAUGCGUUCGAGGCCCCGCAGAGGAACGAGUACCGCUACCUGGUGCAGGAGGACGAGGACGAGGAGGUGCAGUACGUCCGGCACCGGCACUACAUCAGCCCCUUCCUGGUUCUGUCCAAACGCUGCAUCUUCCUGAUCUUCCUCGGCGUGGUCGCCCUGCUGGCGCUCGCCGCCUACCUGGGCUACGUGGCGCAGAUGCUGCCGCCGGGACGCGCACAGGUGUCGACGGACUGCGGCGAGUUCAGAGGAAAACAUGAAAAUGGUGCCUACUCCUUUAAGGGCAUUCCCUACGCCGCUCCACCGGUCGGUGAGCGGCGCUGGGCUCCUCCAUCCGACCCGCCGUGUAAGCAGGGCGUGACGGACGCCACGCGCUUCCGCAGCGUUUGCGCUCAGGUGCAGCCGAUGUCGAGCGCUGGGAAGGCGAUCGGCCAGGAGGACUGCCUGUUCGUCAACGUGUGGACGCCCACGCUGCGGCCGGACGCCGCGCUGCCCGUCAUGGUCUGGAUCCACGGAGGAUCCCUGCAGACGCUCAGCGGCGGCGAGCCCGGAUACUCGCCCACGGAGAAGCUGGCCGCCGACACUCAGCUGGUUUACGUCAGCUUCAACUACAGACUCAACGCUUUCGGCUUCCUGGCUCUGGAGGUGUUGAGAGAAGGUUCUCCAAGAAACACCUCAGGGAACUACGGUUUCCUGGACCAGAUCGCGGCGCUGAAGUGGGUCCAGAGGAACAUCCGUGGGUUUGGAGGAGACCCUGGAAGAGUCACGAUAUUUGGGCAGAGCUCAGGCGGGACUUCGGUGUGGACCUUGAUGACGUCGCCGCUGGCCAAAGAUCUGUUUCACGCCGCCGUGGAUAUGAGCGGCUCGUACGUACUGAAUGCGACGCUGGAAAAAGCCGAAUCGGACAACCUGGUGUUCCUGAAGAAGACGGACUGCAAAGACCUGGCCUGCCUGCGAGGUCUCUCCAUGAGACAGGUGCUGCAGGCCAUCCCGUGGGACGAGUACCCGUCCUGGGCCGGAAGGGAUCUAACGGACCUCCCCACCAGGGGGCGCCUCAUCGGGCCGGUCGCCGUGGUGGACGGAUUCGUCCUGGAAGCUCCGCCUUUUGAGGUUUGGGAGAAAAAGCAAAACUUCAGCGACGUGCCGUUUGUAGUCGGGACGACGGAGCAGGAGGCAGACUUCAGUCCUCCUGCUCUAAACAUCUCUGAUUGGACCUGGGGGGAUUACAGCCUGUAUGUAACAGAAAAGCUCCGGUCCUUUGGUCCGGAUCUCCCUAAAGACGCUCUGGAUCUGUACCCGUCCUCGGCCCCCUGUCCCACCAGAGACCGCUGUCCGGAGAGGGCCUUCACCACCAUGGUGUCUGACAUCAGGGUCACCUGUCCCAACAACGACCUGGCCAGGAGGGCCGCAGCGGCUCUCAGCAGUCCGGUGUAUCGAUACGUUGUGACCCACACGCCCUCCGGACCCGUCAACACGACCAACGGGCUGCUGUCGUUUCCCAGCCGCUUCUCCUUCCACUGCCUGGAUGCUCUGGCUUUCUUUGGAGAACUGGACCGCUUCCUGCCCAAACCUCUGUCUCCUCAGGACCGGAGCUUCCAGCAGCUCUUCACUCACCACCUGGUCCACUUCGCCAAAACAGGGAGGAUGGAGGCGGCGUGGCCGGAGUUCCCAUCAGCCAUUGCUCUGCUGUCGGAGAAGCUGGAGGUGAAGAAGAACCACUCGUCCACUCGCUGUGAGCUGUGGGAGAAGAACGGUCUGUACGCCUACGCCUGGAUGAACUGAGCUGCUGGUUCCUCCCUGCAUCCUGCUGCUGUGACGUUCUCCACCCUAACGGACAUUUUUCAGCUUAAAUCGCUCGUUUGCUGUGAUUUUUAUGAACCACUUCAGCUGAUGGUAGUUAGACAGUCCAACCAGAUCUGUUGGGAGUUUAAAAAGUGUCACUGUGGGAACAUGACAGAUGUUUCUGGGUGAGUUCAGUCUGCCUGACGGAGCUGAAGACCAAAGAAAGGUGGGAAAUGAGAAAAUUCAGAUGUUUAAGAUGGUGACAGAAAUAAUAAUAAUUUUCAGAUCCAUAAAGGGGAAAAAAAAACAAUCAAAACUCUUCCAACCACUAUGAUAGGUCUCCAUGUUUCAGUCCAAACCAGGGACUUGAGCUGGUUUUCUACCUGUAAAGGUGAGUUAGUUCAUCUGUUCAGCUGAAAACGACUCCAUCUGCUGUUUGCUGUUUCCCUACAAACAAACUUAGUCAAGCUGAGAGUUUUAGGGUUUAAAUCCUUGAAGACGGACCAAUCAGAACUUCAUGUUUUAUUUUUACUUCAUUUUAGAUCACAAUUUAUAUUUUCCAACUUUGUUUAAAAGAAACAAAACAUUCCUGUCCAAUAGGGAAUAAAAUUGUAUUGAAAAACCCAGAGAUAACUACCCUGCUUGGCCAGUAGGGGGCGACAAAUCAGUUCAGCUGCAGCUCAGUGACGUUUUAUUCACCUUCACAUCUCCUCACAAAACUCCACCUGAACCAACCCUGAAACAAAUCUCUGAAUAAUUACAUUCAUAAAUUACUGAAUUAACUUUUUUCAAAAGAAACAGAAAUUUAAUUUUAAAAAUACUUUAUUUAAGAUUGUUGUUGAUGCUGAUGGCUGUAAGCAGGACGGAUCUCCUGUAGCAGUCUGUGUUACAGCGGCUCUGAAGAUGCUCUGUAAAAAUGCUUUCAGAAGUAAAAAAGACAUGAAAUAAUAUCCAAAAGACUUAAACAUAUAUGACACAAUUUCAUCUUUUGGUGAAAGUUGAAAUGUUCCAGGAAGUGCUGAACCCUGCUAAGCUGGACACAAGAAGCUCAAAGAGGAUUUAAAACACAACAGAAGAGCAAAGGAGGAAAAAGGUCACUUCCUGUUGCAAAGUGAUAAUAAUAUCUCUUCUAAUUAGAGAUAAUUUAACCACUCGGGAUGAAAACAAGCAGCUGCAGAGAGGUUGAUGCUUCACACCUGCUCUCCGUCUCAGCCCUCCCGGGUCACAGGCGGCUAAAAAUAAGGAAAUAAAUCAUUCAAACAGAAAUAAAAACGGGUCAAAAUAAUAAGUACAUGUAAAAAAAUUAAAACUUCAGGCAGAUCAGAAAGAUUUUCAGAGUUGAUGUCUGAAAAUCGGCAUCUCUGUUAUUUUUUAUAUUUUCUUCCUAUAAAUUUUUGAAAUUAUAAUGUUAGUUGGAAUUUGCAAUUUUUUCCCUCAGAGUUGAACAUCUUCUCUCUGUCCAUAUCUUUGUGUGACCAGAGUUGAACAUCUUCUCUCUGUCCAUAUCUUUGUGUGACCAGAGUUGAACAUCUUCUCUCUGUCCAUAUCUUUGUGUGACCAGAGUUGAACAUCUUCUCUCUGUCCAUAUCUUUGUGUGACCAGAGUUGAACAUCUUCUCUCUGUCCAUAUCUUUGUGUGACCAAGGCAGAAGCAACAUAAAUAUUUUUUAAUAUAUUUGAACCAGUUUCAUGUUGAGGCUCCGUCCUGACUUCCACCUCCAACGUUUCUGCCAAACAUUAAAGCAUUAUUAAUCAAGCUGUGACAAAAAUAACAUUUUGUUCUUGUACAAAGAAAUGUGAAAAAAUCACAAGGCAUGACACUGUCACCACCGUGCUUCAGUGUGAGUGUAGCGUUGCCAUGGUGAUUAGCGCUACCAAAGCAGCAGGUUGAAAAGCUUUCUUUCCUCCUUUCUUUCUCAUCUCGGGUUAAAAACUUGGUCUGUCCUGCCUGCUGCCUGACCUUUGACCUCUCUGAUUAAUGCCCUCCCCUUCAGUCCAGCAGUUUCAUAGCUUUGCCCUUUCACGCCAGGCGUCCAGCUGUUCUAUUUUCUUGUUUUUCUCGACUUAUUGUAGCUCUAAGAAACGUUCAGAGAUUUAUGACCCAACCUGACCUGCAUCUCAGCAGAACUUUGUCCCCGACCCGUUUGGAGAGCUUUAAAUCGUUUGCAUUUCUCUUUUACUGAAUUUAUUUGGGAUUUGUUCGUUAUAUAACAGCAGGAAGUGAAAACAUGUCUGUAUUUCUCAUCUGUCAUCGAAAUGGAUUGUUUGUAUUUUUAACAGAAAUGUUUGGCAGCCGAAUCUGACAUCAUAAAAAUGAGGGAAAAUUUUACUUUUCAUAGGAUAACAUAGAAAUAAAUAUUAUGUGUGACGUAUUAAAAGUUUUGGGAUUUUUUUUGCACUUUGCAGAGAACAAAUCACUUUUAUAAUGUUUGUAUUUUCCUGUUUUAACUCAUUGCUGGUGUCCGUUGUUUUAAAUUGUUUGUUUUUUAAUGAUGUGUUUGUGGUUUGCAGUCAUGUCUUAUUUUGUGUUUAUCUGCUUUUUAUAUGAUCAAUAAAUGGACAUAAUGUGAAAAUGCG